AUGCGCCAGCAUCUGAAUGUGCAUCGUCAUAAAGUCAGCUCCAAUGCUGCAUCUGCAAGCUCCUUUGAUUUUGAGCAAGACAUGACAUCAGAAGGAAACGCAAUUCCCGAGACCUAUGAGGGCCUUCAAGGACUUCCAGUUGUUCCCCAACUGACAGUGCAAGAGCUGAAAGACAAACAAAGAGCUGACAAAGCCAUACAGGAAGUAAUCUUACAACAGGAAUCAGGAAAACCGUCCUUACCUGUACUGAGGAAAGAGCUGGCGGAACUCCCGUUCCUUCUGCGAGAGUGGAAAAAGUUAGAGCUGAAGGAUGAAUUUUGUCCAUGUGUUUUUUCCCUCACAGAUGACUUUCAGCUUGUUAUUCCUGGAAGAGGUGAACGAGUUAAGAUUAAUUCGGGAUCUACUCUCACUGUGUCGUGUCACUUGUCUCCUGCAAUCAGUGCUGUUGACAUGGAGAUUACUUGGUUUGGUGUGAUGUCUUGUGUUUGUGCCUAUAAGAACCGAGAGAUGACACAGGGUGUUGGCUAUGAGGGCAGAGCGAGACUGUUCAUUCAUGACCUGAAGAGAGGGAAUGUGUCUUUAAGAGUGGCAGACUACAAAGAAUCAGAUCUAGGAGUUUACACGUGCCAGGUCACCAGUAGAAAUAAAACACAACAGAUAACAGUAAAUGUAGCAGAAGAAGUCUCUGCCAUUUUCAAGGACCAGCACUUCUUUACAGUGAAUUACAAGAUGGGAGAAACCAAUAACAAAUUAUCAAUCCACUCUGCAUAUCACAGUGCUUCAGGGAAGGAUCAGCGUAAGGAUUACAAGGAAGAAACAGAUAACAAAUUAUCAUUACAGUACAUCAAAUCACAUCUAAGCCGUCCAGACAACAAGCAGUCUGGGGACAACAAAAUGGGAACCAAAGGCAAAGAGAACUUUCAGCUUGUUGUCCCCAGUACAUCACAAGAACCAGAGGCUUCCUUGGGGUCUGAUUUGAUUAUUACAUGUUACUUGUCUACUGAAAUCAGCGCUGUUGACAUGGAGAUCAGUUGGUCUAACGAUACAGCCUGUGUUUGCCUGUAUAAGGACAGGCAGGUGACAGAAGGGGUUUUGUUCAAGGACAGAGCGAGUCUAUUCACUCACAAGCUUAAGGAAGGAAAUGUGUCCUUACGACUGAAAAACUUCAGGCUACCAGAUAUUGGAAAUUACCAUUGUCAGGUCAUCAGUAAAGACAGAAGAGAGAAAAUUACAGUAAGAGUGAGGAUACAUUCUGGUGUGCAGUCUAUGAGUCAGUCACCAAUAUUUCCAGAAGGAAAUCAGGAAAAAAGGACAAGAGAACCAACCAACAAAUUAUCAAGGCACACUUCACAUCACAGUAAAUCAGAUGAGAAACAACAUGGGAAUUACAGCAAGAGUGUCUCUGAUAAUUUUCAGCUUGUUAUUCCUCAAACAGCUCAAGAAGCACAGAUUUAUAUGGGGUCUAAAAUCAUCGUUCCUUGUCACUUGUCUCCUGAAAUCUGUGCCAUUGCCAUGCAGAUCAAAUGGUUUAAGGAGACAGACUGUGUUUGCAUCUACAAGAACGGACAUGUGAUUGAGGGGAGUAGCUACAAAGACAGAGCGAGUCUCGCCACUCACAUACUGGAGAGAGGAAAUGUGUCCUUACAUCUAAAUAAUUUCAGUGUCUCAGAUGUUGGUGAUUACUAUUGUCAGGUCAUCAGUGGAGACAGAACACAACAGAUUACAGUAGGAGUGAGGAUAAAAUCUGAGGUCCAACAUGUGAGUCAGUCACCAACAUUCCAAGGCCGAAGUAUUCAGCUAAAGCUGUUUGAGACAGACAAAAUAUGGACUAAACAGGAGACAGACAAAAUGAAUAAAUCUGCUCUAAUGGCUGAGGAGCUUCAGAAAAUGUUAAUUAAGGCUUGCAAAGAAAAAGACAGACAGCUGGAAAGAGCUGAACAGGAGUUGAGAGAGACCAGAAAGAUGUUGGACAGACUCUUAAGACUCAACCCUCAUGCUCAGUUUUUGGACAGAGACAAAUCAAAUCCCAGUGAAGACUCAACGAGUUCAGCGCGCUCUUGGGAAGCUCUGGUGUUGGCUCUGCGGCGCUUCAGUGGCGGUGGUUCUUCCCGUGUCGAGUAG